UGAAGAACCUAGUGUUAGAUAAUAGAGUCUACUCGGCAGGUUGGCUUCUUAAUGAAAUUUGUUGCUCCGACUGCUUAUCUUCGCAGCUUUAGUAAAUUACCACCACAGAUUCCUUGAAGUCUCACUGUUGCUGAGUGGUGUUAAUUCUCCAAACAUGCCUCCAAAGUUGGAAAAUAAUGAGUCAGCUAGCAUGGAUGUUCCUAAAAAACAACACAAAUCUCUUCAUAAGGAUCUCGUGUGGACAAAUGUUUUGAUUUUUAUUGUGUUACAUAUUGCGGCACUGAUUGGUUUACUUCUCUCUUUUACCGUGUCGUGGAAAGCUUGGGUACUCGGAGUGAUAACAUCUUAUUGCUCGGGACUAGGAGUAACUGCGGGAGCUCAUCGUCUUUGGUGUCAUCGAACUUACAAGGCGGCAUUUCCUUUAAGAAUUCUACUAAUGGUAUUCAAUUGUAUAGCUUGUCAGAAUGACCUCUACGAAUGGUCAAGGGAUCAUCGCGUUCAUCACAAGUUUUCCGAAACCGAUGCUGAUCCACACAACAUCAACAGAGGGUUUUUCUUCGCUCACAUGGGCUGGCUCAUGCACAAGAAGCAUCCCGAAGUCCGAGAAAAAGGACGUACUAUCGACUGUAGCGACCUCUUACAAGAUCCUGUGGUGAGGUUUCAGAAAAGGUUCUAUAUCCCACUGGUCAUUCUCCUCAGCUUCUAUCUUCCAACUAUGAUACCAGUGUGGUACUGGGGGGAGAGAGUGUGGGUAGCUUUCCUCACUAACGGUAUUCUACGCUAUGUCGUAACUCUGCACUUCACGUGGCUAGUAAACAGCGCUGCACACUGCUGGGGAAAUCAACCUUACAACCGCUUCAUGGAAGCGCGGGAAAACAAGCACGUGGCGUGGUGGGCUCUGGGAGAAGGUUUUCACAACUAUCACCACACGUUUCCUUACGACUACUCUACAAGUGAAUACGGUUGGAAACUGAAUAUAUCUACCGUGUUUAUCGAUUCUAUGGCCGUGCUGGGACAGGCGUAUGAUAGGAAGACAGUGGAUCCUGACGUCAUUCGAAAGACCAAGUUGAAAACUGGAGAUGGUACAGAAACGUUUCAACUUUAGAUAUAAUUUCGAUCUUUACAAAUGACGUUGUGAAAAUGUAACUCGUAAGUAACACCUUUUGGUUUAUAAAAAAUGACAAAAAACGAUCUGUUUUCCUUUCAUUCACUAUGAUUUUGAAAAAAAAAUAGAUGUAUUAAAAAAAACGUUUUGUAAAUCUUUCGAUCGUCUCAGAAAAACAAUAACUCAUAAUAUUAAGCGGGAAAAAAUCUACUGUGGUUAUAUAAGCAUAAAAAUAUUUGUUGUUUCCACAGAUGAGUUAAAUUCUUCAAAUUAUUGUAAUUGGGAGUAGUUUAGAAUGCGUUUCAAUAUUUCUCAUUUCAAUUAUGUGAUUUUGUUUCCAUCUUAAAUGUGUUUUAAUUUAGCAUCUGCCACAGUAAAAAAAAAAAAUCCCAAGUGUUGAAUUUCCUGUACUUUAGAGUCAGUUUAGAAGACGCUUUGAUAUUUCUCGUUUCAAUUAUGUGAUUUUGUUUCCAUCUUAAAUGUAUUUUAAUUUAGCAUCUGCCACAGUAAAAAAAAUCCCAAGUGUUGAAUUUCCUGUACUUUAGAGUCAGUUUAGAAGACGCUUUGAUAUUUCUCGUUUCAGUUAUGUGAUUUUGUUUCCAUUUUAAAUGUGUUUUUUAGCAUAUGACAUAGUAAAAACAACCCAAGUUUUUCGAGUGUCUUUUAAAUAACGAUACUGCACAAAUUUGGUAAAAAUGAAUACAAUAUUUAUUAUAAAACAGAAAAAAGAAAGCACAUUGUACGCACUUAAUAAGACAGUCGCUUCUACUAGGUUGUGCUUUCUCUCUCUCUGUUUUUAUCUCUGUAAAACUAAACACGAUGGUCUGAAACGUCGUCUUUCUGGACGAUCUACGAGUAGAACUAAACUGAGAAAGAGCGCCUGAAUUCAACAGGGAAACUCGGGUUCUUUGUCCAGUCGACAGCGUCACUUCGUGACCAUUGUUCUAUCACAGAUUGAUCGGUUGUUUUAUUUAGACAACAUCAACUCGGCCAGAAAGGAUAUUACAGUCCCAAUCCUUUCAAAGAAGAUGCUAUACGUUACUACUGCAAUGCCCUCUCGCGCAGUAUAGACAUUAUCUGAUACAGAGAACAAUGAAGCAAAACAACUAGAACAAGGCAACCUCAACGACUUUCUGGACCACGUGUUUAUACUAAAACUAUAUACAAACUAAAUAAGUAAAACAAUUCAAAAAUGACUAUAUAACUAAAACAGGUAGAAAACGUAUGAAUGCCUUCAUAUCACACCUGUAAUCAGAGAAAACCUACCUUGAUUUUUGCUGUUUGAUUAAUAUCAACUCAGUUGAUUUGAUAAUUUUUUCAUUAAUGAAAGUUUGAUGGUUAUGUU